AUGAGGUCGUCCAUCAUUCUGCGGUUCGUUCUGGCCAUUUUCCUUGCGGCCCCGGCCCUUUCACAUGGCCCAUCCCCUCGAAACAACCCCUCAGGCAACAAUGCCAUUCUACUCUCUCAAGUCCAGACUCUGACCCUCCGGGCAAAUCGACUCACUUCCUCUCGUCGCGUGUCUCCCAUCCCCCAGUUACAAUGUACGGGGCCUUCAAAGCGUCUCUGUGACAUGUACCCUAUUGAUGUCAUGCGAUGCAGCAAUGCGGGCUACGACUACGACGAAGAGGAUGUCCAGUGGACCUGCACCGCAUCUCUACCCCCCGAGCUAAAGCUAGGUGCAACGGAUGUGGUAUGUGAGGGAUAUCGGAAUGCAGACGACCGCUGGGUUCUGAAAGGGAGCUGUGGUGUGGAGUAUCGGUUGCUCCUGACCGACCUGGGAGAGAGGAAAUUUGGCCGAGAGCUCGAGGACAACUGGUCCGAGACGACGGCACGUCACAAAUGGCAGAACGUAGUGGGAAGCCUGAUAUUUUUUGGAUUUAUGGUCGCUGUUUUUGUUUUCAUCCUGUGGAGCCAGUGCUUCGGUCGACCUGUUGGCUAUGAGUUCGGGAGACGACGCAAUGGUUACAGAGGCACGUCGUCGUUCAACAGAAAUGACCCGGGGGAAGGUAGUUCACGAUCAUCUCGAUUCUCCGCACCCACUUCUACAAGCACUGGAUUUGGUUCGACAAGACGCAGUCGACAGGUCCUAAUGAGCUAUGGUUUUCAAAGAGCUGGCAACGCCAAGAUCAAGGCCAUUGUGGAAAUUCUGUUGCGAAUCUAA